AUGAUCAUAUUCAUAACAGUGUUGGUCUUUGCAGUUGAUAACACGUGGGACCGGGCGAUUUUGAAAACGACCCCGAAGCAAGCCCAGGCGAACUUCAACGCGACGGUGCUCUCGGGGAAGGGCUCGGGUAUAAAUUUGAAGAAGAUGAACGGGCUUUAUUCGCUGGAAAUCCAGAGCAAAAUUUCCCGGUGCUCGCUAUUCCCGGUCUGGAUGGAAAUGGUGGUGAAGAAAGUCGUAUUAAAUGUAAAAAUGUCUGAGUCCUCUGGAAGGAUGGAACUUGUGACACGUCCUGUGGAUCACACAAAAAUCUGUCUUGCGUGAUCAACAAAAGACGCCCUUUUCUUACCACCAUGAGAGGGAAUUUCUCAUGUAGGACAGGCAUGAUAGAGACCACGCAGAUUCUGUCAUGCUAUGUCCUGCAUUCCAGACGAGACCUUAUGGGGCAUGCAAAUUCUGCAUGACAAGUUUGCACUCUUCCAGACCCAGACAUGUUUGCAAUCCAUAAGUCGAGGCGGAAAAUUUUCACGCCAUUGCGGUGAACUGCCGCAAGGGAAGGCAUCGAAGUAUCCUGUGCCAAAGCAUCGUACUCGUAGUCAUUGCAGUCAUGCAUGACAAAUCUGGCUCCCUAGCUUAUUCAGCAUUACAAAUAUCAUUUUCCCUUCUGGAAAAAUUUGUAAUGCUUUUUCUACUAGUACGAUACUUUUGCAAUGCAUACGGAGCGUCGCGGCGGCCGAGCUGCUGAAAAAGCUCUACUACCCGAACGCGAGGACUCAUCACUUGACGAUCUGUUAGCCGCUGAAGUGGAUUUGUGGUCUUAUUCACAAUCGAUGAACAUUCACGACAUGUAUAUGACGAGUCUCCGAAUAGCGAGUGCAUUUACGAGUUGAAGACGCAGAGUCAACAAUGUGAAUAAGAAUUAUUCCAUUUACUUUGACUUAAAGUAAGCAAGAAGUAGUCUGCUCAUGUGAAUAAAGAUUCAAAGUACGUAGCUUGUAAAAUGGCACACACGAGGACUGCAUGCUUCUUUGUCGAGCGUGAUGUUGGCCUCCGCCACUCCGUUUCUUUAGCCUCGACUGCCAGUGUUAAGAUGGGAAAGAGCCCGGUCGGAGUGGUUGAUAGAAGAAUCCUUCGACACAGCUAUCGCCGGAUCGGUUCACCGGAA